AUGUUAAAAUGCACAUCACGUUUAGCUUAUCUGUACAUGCGUAUUGUAAAACGGGGUGUACAACCGCAUCUCAAAACGCGCUCUGCAGGUUCGUGGGUAACGCGCUAUGACCCCAUGACAAACUGUGUGACGCUGAGGAGUCUCAUGUGGCCAGGUUACGUUGCGUUCACCAUUGUCGAUUCGCCAACAUUCGGAGGACUGUACUUUGGUGGGGGAGAGGAGACAGUGGAUUUGCCGUUCUUACUGUAG